GCGCCUGCGCACUGGCGGCGCGGGGGUAUUGCUGCUCGGCGGGCCGGGUGGCCGUGGGGCCGGAGGCGGCCAUGGGGCAGGGGGCGGCCGCGGUUCCAGGGGCCGGCUAGUGACGGCGAGCGGCGGCGGGGCGCCGGGACGCGCGGGUGCGGCCUGGCGAGGAGACGGCCCCGCAGGCGCCCGGGGCAGCGAACGGCAUCCUGGGUUUUCGGGCCAAAGUCCUCCACGUCCAUCAAUUGCAGAAAUGGAACAAGAAAAAGUCAACGGGAACAAGGAGCCGUGUGCAGAGGCGUCUUCGUACCGCUGUUCUGCAUGCCAUGGGGACGAGGACUGGGGCCCGGGCCACCCACUCCGGGGCCGCUCCAAGUCCCGCAGCCUGUCGGCCGCACCGGUCCUGGCCAGCGCCCGUGAGUUCAGGAGGACCCGCUCCCUGCACGGGCCAUGCCCAGUGACCACGUUUGGACCAAAGGCCUGCGUGCUUCAGAAUCCCCAGACCAUCAUGCACAUCCAAGACCCUGCCAGCCAGCGGUUGACGUGGAACAAGUCCCCGAAGAGUGUCCUCGUCAUCAAGAAGAUCCGGGAUGCCAGCCUGCUGCAGCCCUUCAAGGAGCUCUGCGCAUACCUGAUGGAGGAGAACAACAUGGUCGUGUAUGUGGAGAAGAAGGUUCUGGAAGACCCCGCCCUCUUGAGCGAUGACCACUUCGGGCCAGUGAAGAGGAAGUUCUGCACCUUCAGAGAAGAUUACGAUGACAUCUCCAAUCAGAUCGACCUCAUCAUCUGCCUGGGGGGCGACGGGACCCUGCUAUAUGCCUCCUCCCUCUUCCAGGGUAGCGUGCCUCCAGUCAUGGCAUUCCAUCUGGGCUCCCUGGGCUUCCUGACCCCCUUCAACUUCGAGAACUUUCAGUCGCAAGUUACGCAGGUGAUACAGGGGAAUGCAGCUGUUGUUCUCCGGAGCCGGCUGAAGGUCAGGGUCGUGAAGGAGCCCCGAGGGAAGAAGGUGGCCGUCCCCAAUGGCAUCAGCGAGAACGGGGUGCUGGCUGCAGGCCUGGACGUGGAGGUUGGGAAGCAGGCUGUGCAGUACCAGGUCCUGAACGAGGUGGUGAUCGACAGAGGCCCCUCCUCUUACCUGUCCAACGUGGACGUCUACCUGGAUGGGCACCUCAUCACCACAGUACAGGGCGAUGCCUGUCCCGCAGGCGUGAUCGUCUCCACCCCGACGGGCAGCACGGCGUAUGCGGCCGCCGCAGGGGCGUCCAUGAUCCACCCCAACGUGCCCGCCAUCAUGGUCACGCCCAUCUGCCCCCACUCGCUGUCCUUUCGGCCCAUUGUGGUGCCCGCGGGGGUUGAACUGAAGAUCAUGCUGUCACCAGAGGCAAGGAACACUGCAUGGGUGUCUUUCGAUGGACGGAAGAGACAGGAGAUCCGCCACGGAGACAGCAUCAGCAUCACGACCUCUUGCUACCCUCUUCCCUCCAUCUGUGUCCGUGACCCCGUGAGCGACUGGUUCGAGAGCCUGGCACAGUGUCUGCACUGGAAUGUGCGGAAGAAGCAGGCCCACUUCCCGGAGGACGAGGAGGACGCGGACGCGGAGGGCGGGGAGGAGCAGGCGGGGAGCUAGGCCGGUGCCCUGUCUGUGCUCUGUGAACGUCACGGGCCCCGCGCCACUUGUCUCUGGCCAGAGGAAGGGCCUGCAGUCUGCCUUGUGUCGACCAGAUCAGUUGUUUUUAACGUUUUAAAUCUGACAUUUCUGCAUUUCUGAACAAGCCAGUCAGCAGGCCACACAAGCUCUGAAGUCAGCCCAGGCACACCCACCAGGCAAGCAGUCAGAGCCCACCCCAGUUGGGGAUGGCUGAGCCAGGUGGUUAUGGCUGAGCUGGGUGGUGGGCUCCUUGUGAUUCCUUGUCAGGAAACUUCCACGAAUCAGUCUAUUGAAAUUGAGAGGGGAUCAGAAUGAACGGGUCUAUCCUACAGUCUUGAAAAUAAACGUCUCACGGCCAAAAAUCUCCCUUCAGCUUCACAAUGUCCCUGAAAGCCACUGGGGGGAGUUUGUGCCGAAGCUGCUCCCCAGCCAGGCCUCCUGCCUCAGUCCCCAGGCCUGGUCUCCUCCCUGCUUCCGGUGAUGCCAUGGCAGGCAGGGGUCGGACCACACACAUUCCUCGGGAAGCAGGGGUGUGCCUCCCCACCCUGGAAGGUGUUUUCAAUCCUGUGUCUACUUUUUAGAGAUUCUUUUAAACUUUUCUGAGAGUGCUUAUGUACAGAUUUUCUUGUACACACUGUGAGAUUUCUGCGGGAGGGCUUGUGCUGUGAAGUGGGACCAUUCUGUGCUGCCCAGGUGGCCAUCUAGAGAGCUGGGUGGCUCUGCUCAGAAGGUCUGGCACUUGGUGGACCGGGAAGGCGUGCUUCUGCUCUGGCUUCUCCCCAGGGGCCUGGCUUCGAGGGCACAUCUGUUAUUCCAGCCCCUAUGCCUCUAUUGCUGGCUGACCGGCUGCCUGGGGCUGGGCACACAUGGAGUCUUGUGAGGGUUGUGGUCAGUGGGCCUCUGGUUACUGGUGCCUAACGGGUAUCCUGGUUUUGAGUAACUGAAUUCUUUCUGAGCUGCGUUUUCACCUGUGAAAUUGGCCAGAAACGAUGGAGGGCCUGUACUUUCUCGAACUCACUUCUGGAGGGCCAGAGGCCGGGAGGUUGAGCUCCGCCCUCCUGGAACAUGAUGGUCUGAUAGGAGGGCAUCUGGGGGCUCCAGGGCCGGCCCUGCAGCCUGAGCACCGUGGCCACUGUUCAGGUGUCUGUUGAGAGCUGUCCACCCGAGUGGCUGUCUGGGCAGCUUGGCCAGUGCUGGGGUGGAAAUGGGCUCCUACCCUCUGCCCGCGAGCUCCAGCACGGAGCGUGGCCCACCAGGCCUCCCACAGGCUGAGGGGGCGACACCCCCAGCUUUAGCUCCAGAAGAGUGGUCAGAAUGCAGGUCAUGCAUUCAGACAACAGAGCAGGUACAGAAUGAUGGGGAAUGACCUAGGAAACUUUGGGGUUUUUGAAGUAAAUUCUUAAUGUUUCAUAUUGUUAAUAUCUUGAAAUUUGUUAAAUGUUGAAAGCCUUAUUACUAUUUUCAGAUUCUUUCAAUAAACAGACUUGUUUAAAAAUU